AUGGCAGUUGAUUUUACCUGCCUUUGUUCUCAAGCACCGCACAAAAAUCUAUUCCACUUUUCAUCAUCUUAUGCAAGUAAAGAAUACAAGGGUCAGUUACAGAAGGACAAGGAAAUACAGUGCCCGGAUAUUUCUAAAGAAGCCAUCAAAAAUGGCCGCAUUCUUAGCAGCAAUAGACUGUUUCGAUCGCUAGCUGUGUACGAAUGUAAUGAGGGAUACCGCAUUGUUGGAAACAGAACAAGAACAUGUCGACAAGAUGGAACAUGGUCGGAAGACCCUCCCAUUUGCCAAGGUAGCAAAUGCGAUACACCCAGAGCGCCAGACAAUGGCAACGUUACGACUGAAACUCUACAAUCUGUCGUCGUCGCUACGUACUCUUGCAAUGCAGGAUAUACAUUGAAAGACGGAGGUAUUACAAGAGUCUGUUUUCCAAAUGGAGUGUGGAGUGGAAAUCAACCAUUGUGUAAACCUUGCAGCUGCGAUUCUCCUCAAUCACGUCGAGAUGCGAACAAGAAACGUCACGCUGUUGUUUUGCUGCAAAUAACUUCUUCAGCGCAAGAAAUACAAGAAGAAAUAUCAUACAAAGCUAAAAUUAAAAAUAUCUGCCGCGCCAACAAUGCCGUAGCACGCAAGAUAAAAACUGGACAGUUUGCGUCGCUUGCUGUAACACAGCGAACUCAAGAUGGAACUUGCCGCUGCCCAAACUUUCAGAGAAAAGUUGUGUACGCGGUAGGAGUUAACAUCAACAGCAAAUCCGGAAAGAACUGGAAACUUGAAGUACCGCGAAACUUUUAUGUGGCAAAAUCCAAACUUUGCUAACACAAACUUGCAAUAUUGAAAUUGCUGUAGUUAAUUAUUGUUACAAAAGCACGUAUUAUUGGAUAGUACUGAUGUGCUUUGAAUAAUGUCUGUGUGAAGUUAUGAGCAGUUUUAAAUCCCUUUCAACAAACAGCUUUGGUACACAACAACA